AUGGACGAAGACUUCGACAUCCCCCAACCCGAGGAAAUGAACGAGGAUUUCGAUCUCCCGGAAGACAAAGUAGGCGAAGAGAGAGAACUCAACGAUCGCGGCCUCAAGAAGAAGCUUCUCAAGGAAGGUCAAGGAUGGGACACUCCCGAAACCGGAGACGAAGUUCAAGUUCACUAUACGGGGACUUUGAUUGAUGGAACUAAGUUUGAUUCGAGUUUCGAUAGAGAUUCUCCUUUCAGCUUCAUGCUUGGACUAGGGCAAGUAAUUCAAGGAUGGGAUGAAGGUAUUAAAACCAUGAAGAAAGGUGAAAUUGCACUCUUCACCAUCCCACCCGAGCUAGCUUAUGGUGAAUCUGGUUCACCUCCCACAAUUCCUCCUAAUGCGACACUCCUAUUUGAAAUUGAGCUCUUGUCUUGGACGAGUGUGAAGGACAUAUCUAAAGAUGGCGGUAUAUUGAAGAGGAUACUCAGUGAAGGGGAGAAAUGGGAGAACCCCAAGGAUCCCGAUGAAGUAUUGGUUAAGUAUAAGGUUUGUCUGGGUGAUGGAACGCUUGUAGCAAAGUCUGAUGGAGUGGAGUUCACUGUCAGUGAGGGUCAUUAUUGCCCUGCAAUCUCAAAGGCUGUUAAAACCAUGAAGAAGGGAGAGAAAGUGAUUUUAUUAGUAAAGCCUCAAUAUGGAUUUGGUGAGAAGGGGAAACCAGCACACGGUGAUGAAGGUGCAGUUCUACCAAAUGCAUCACUACAGAUUACGCUUGAGUUGGUUUCUUGGAAGACUGUUUCAGAAGUGACUAGCGACAAGAAGGUUACAAAGAAGAUCCUCAAGGAAGGGGAGGGAUAUGAGCGUCCAAAUGAAGGGGCCAUUGUAAAACUGAAACUAGUUGGUAAGCUGCAAGAUGGUACUGUCUUUUUCGAAAAGGGCCGUGAUGAAGAAGAGAAGCUGUUCGAAUUCAAAACAGACGAGGAGCAAGUCGUUGACGGACUUGAUAAAGCUGUAUUGACUAUGAAGAAGGGUGAGGUAGCAUUAUUGACUAUUGCUCCCGAGUAUGCAUUUGGUGCGUCAGAGUCCCAACAGGAGUCGGUUGUAAUUCCUUCUAAUUCAACUGUGUAUUAUGAAGUUGAACUAGUGUCAUAUGAUAAGGAGAAGGAGUCUUGGGAUAUGAACACUGAAGAGAAAAUUGAAGCUGCUGGUAAGAAGAAAGAAGAAGGGAAUGCUUUGUUUAAAGCUGGUAAAUAUGAAAGGGCUUCCAAAAGAUACGAGAAGGCUGUGAAGAACAUCGAAUACGAUUCCUCCUUCAGCGAGGAGGAGAAGAAGCUGUCAAAAACGUUGAAGAUCGCGUCCUAUCUAAACAACGCUGCUUGCAAGUUGAAGUUGAAAGAGUACAAAGAUGCAGAGAGAUUGUGUACUAAGGUGUUGGACAUUGAGAGCACGAACGUGAAAGGCCUCUAUAGAAGGGCUCAGGCAAGUAUGCAAUUGGGUGACUUAGAUUUGGCUGAAAUUGAUGUUAAAAAGGCUCUUGAGGUUGAACCUGACAACAGGGAAGUAAAGCUGGAGUACAGGAAUCUGAAGGAAAUGGUAAAGGAGUACAAUAAAAAGCAGGCUAAAUUUUAUGGAAAUAUGUUCAGCUUGACAAAGGCUUGA